CCCUAACCCCGUUUCCCAAGCCAACGCCAUGCCUUCGAUUCUUCGUCGUCUCACAGACUGGCCGUCUAGCUCGUCGAGUGAUGUCCAUGUCGCCUCGUGUUCCAUCUCCGCCGGCAGCGUUCUCCUCACAGAUAGCGCCGCAAGUGCGGACAUCGAUGGAACCUUUACCGCUGAACCCCUUCCUCUAGAGGUCUCACCUUCCUCCCAGGUAUCAUCUGCCUCAGCUGGUCCCUGUGUAGACUUGGCAGGAUGCGACAAUGUUGGCAUGACUGAUGCGAAAAAGGACGCCAUCCUCAAUCAGAUUCACCAGUUGACCUCCGAUACGCAGUCCAUCGACGCUUCAUUCGCUAAAGUUUCCCAACUCUUGGUUACUCUCCUUGAUUCUUCCUUGCCUACUGAGCUGCGUGAUGGGGUCCAAGACCUCUCAUGUAGGUGGAAUCGCCAUCGUCAGGCAUACAGGGCUCUGAUGUGGCAAUCUCGUGAUGUCGCUGCUGACGCGAGGGUUUCUGCUGACGACUUCGCGAAAGUCUUCAUAAGUAAUGUCCUAUUACAACCGAAUAUUUCCAUCAAUGAGAUGCAAGAAGCUAUAAGGCAUUACAGAACGAUUUCAGAGCAAGAUAAGCAGAAGGCGCGAGAUUUGGUGGACGGCUUCAACGAAUUAGGAAGAGAUGUUAUCGCCUUUUCUGACAAUUGGGAACGGGUGGUUCUGAAGAACCGCCUUCAUCGGUUCUCACUUCGGUCAAAGGAGUACGAAGAGCGACUUUCGGACUUGCGUUCCACUUUGCAUAGAGUCAAGGUUAAGGUCGUUUCUAUGAGUGUUGUGCUUGGACUCCUGGUUACUGCUGCUAGUGCUGGCGCGCUCGCAGUUAUAUAUGCAAUGCAUGGGAAUCCAGGGAUUAGCGUAUUCGGAAUGGCAGCCCUUCCAAUACGAUUCACCAUGAAGAACUUGCGGCAGGCCCUGUCAGAGCGAAAGGCACUGCGGGAACAGAUUCGGCAAUUGGAGAUGGAGAGAGACGAGAGCGAAAACGGAAUGAAGGAUAUCACAAAUAUAGCUUCUAAAUUAGGAGCUAUUGCUUCGAUAUGGGGCUGCGUACAUUUAUUGUGAUGUUCUCUUAGACCGAGAUAUAAUGUCGCUGAUGUAUCGUUGUCAUUCCUGCCACUAGAUCUCGGCAGACCUUAAGUCCAUUGAAGGCGCCAUCGACCAGGCACUGGGUACUCCAGAUCGAGAGUAUAUGCGCGACGCAUUUGAAUCUCGUUUACAGCUCACCCGGAACUUAUACAGUACGAUGGCAGAAAUAUUCAGAGCAUAUCAAGUGGCUGUAAACGAUAGUGACUUGGGGGUUCGGUGAUGGGUGCCGGCAAGGAACUUGCAAUUGUUUGUAUCAUAAUGUGCCAUGCCUGUUUAUUACCGGUGUGAGACGUCCACAUAGGAGAUCAUCCCAUUGCCUUCUUCCAGGAGAGUCUCAUCUGGUGGAACCUGUCGCAUCCCCACAUUUUUUCCCUUCUGGGAAUUGACCACAAUUUAUUCCCUGGGAUACCCUGCAUGGUUAUGCCCUGGAUGGUGCAGGGCAAUAGUAGAAAUG